UGUUUAGCGAUGCCAGACGCUACAGAAGUGUUGUUGCCUAUUUAGAAGAAAAUGUGCCCAUAAUAACCACUAUCAGCAUGCAUCAGUCACCAAGAACUAAGCUUUGCCGGUAGAAGCUGAUGAAUGUGUUUACAUGUGCCGAAAAAUUAAAAGAUCGCGGGAAGUUGGUACUUUGUUAACAGAAUGCAGUUGCAAAUCCCGAUGAGAUGGCGCUAAAAGCAGUUUACAUUGUGUGUUUACAAGUGGUGGCUGAAAAGUGAUGAAGCGAUUUAGUUUCCCCGGCUAAAAGUUGCAAUGUACUUAAUAUAUGCCGAAAUUUGACAGCAAAAAUGUCAUCCUCUCUCACUGCUGUGCCCGUGAACAGAUACGAAAGGUCAAUAGAUGAUCUUCCUGAUGAAGUUUUGGAAUAUAUUCUUAGUCUUGUUCCCCCAUACAAAGACUUAGAAGAAUGUUCCGUUGUUUGUAGACGAUGGCAUAAAGCUGUAAAAAAUGUUAUUCGCCAUACACAGAAGAAGUUUAAUCGGUCUGUGACGGAGUUCCUCAUAGAAUGUGAAGAAUUAACUCCUGAGUCGUACACACCAUCUAUUACCAAAAGAUAUUCACAUUCUGCAUGCUUUUGUGGCAAUUCAAUGUAUGUGUUUGGCGGAUGUACUUCCACAAGCACAACUUUUAAUGACUUAUGGCGACUUGAUCUUGACAAGCGGCAAUGGGUGAGGCCUCUAACUAUGGGGUCGUAUCCUUCACCUAAGGCAUGUGCUACAAUUGUUUGUUAUAAGGAUACCUUAAUCCUCUUUGGAGGCUGGACUCAUCCAUCUCCUUAUCCACUCCACCAGGGCUGGCGACUUUUCAAUGAGUUACACAUUUACUAUAUCAGCUGCAAUCGAUGGAGAGCCAUAAAUAGUACUACUGCACCACCUGCAAUGGCUGGUCACUCUGCUUCCGUCCUUGGUGAAACAAUGGUGGUUUUUGGUGGACUGCAAAAGACACAUUCAUUAGGACAAUAUGUGAGUUCAAAUGAUGUUUGGUGCUUUGAUAUGGAUGACAUGCUGUGGAGCAAAAAGGCAACUACGGAACUAAAACCGCAUGUUCGAUAUGGACAGUCACAACUGACUUUGGAUGACAGCAGCAUUUUAAUACUGGGUGGCUGUGGUGGUCCGAAUAUGGUUUUCAGUGAUGUCUGGCUGCUCACUGCCACUGAACCUGUGUGGACGUGGCUGGAGGUUCAAGUAGAAAAUCCUCAGUGGUCUGCCUCUCAUAUGUGGUGUCAUCCAGCCUGUAAGAUUGGCCAGCAAGUUGUGGUAUUCAGUAGAAAUCCUGUAUCUAAUGCACCUGCACCCCCAUAUUCACCGCAGUGGAAUAGGCCUUCAGUCUGCCGUGUCAACACUGUACAGCCUAUUCGUAGAAUGGAGGAUGGAACAGAAGUGCCAAGAAACACCGAAAAUACAUCGGAUAAAGAAUUUAAUGUCAAUGGCCGAAGAGGAAGUCUGACAACGAGACAUGCAAGUAACACACAACCAAAUGCAUCUACAAGCUCAAGCAGUGGUGAUGAAAGUGAUCCUGAAAGCCUUUGUCAACAAAGGCUAACUAGUGGUUCUCAGAGUGAUCUCAGUGCAAGUCAUUCCACUUCAAAGACAGUAAAAAAUUCUGAAGCAAAUAAUCAACAAAAAUUGAGAUUGGGGGCUUCCAAAAAGUAUGAGAAUCCUGAAAAUUUGUCAAUGGGGAUGCCAGUUUGCCGCGAGCCUGAAAAUUUAGAUUCUAAUAUGUGCCGAAGAAUUGGAAAUAUGGUAGCAUUUCGAGAUCAUGAUACAUCUAGAAGUAAUGUCAACACAAAUAGGCAAAGACAGUUAGAAUCAUUACGUCGAAUGGAAGAAAGACUACUUAGCUUGUCACGCAGAAGCAACAGUUCAUCCUCUGGCGCUGCGAAAGCUGAAGAGACAAGUAAAUCAACCGACACACCUGCAUUUGUAAGGAGAAGGCUUCCACCUUCAAAGUCAUCAAUGUCAAUGUAUGUUUUAGAUAUUUCAAAUGUCCUUUCACACUGUGUUGUGAGAUGGUUGCCUGUUAAGGAAAAUAGAGGGCCUGAAGAAAUGAUUUUGUAUACUUUAGUCGCAGGUAAAGGUGAACUCAUUAUGUUUGGUGGUAUUCAAAAAGAUGCAACUUCCAUUGCUGCUAGUGCCCAGCAGUCAUCUUAUGGAUCAAAUACAGUCUCAAAUUCUCUCUACUUCAUUACGUCACCAAAAGGAAUCAUUUAAUUCUAUUCAAAAAUAAUAAGAGUACUCGGAAGACUGCAGGCACGAAACACUUAUAUCUGUGUUAAGAAACUUAUUUAUUUUUAUGUUAUGUUUUGUUCCUUUUUUCCUUUUUUUUACCCUCCUAUAAAAUACUGCCGAUGGAAGAAAUUCUUUUCACAGUUUGUAAAUAUUGAAAAUUAUGGUACAGAAAAAGUUAAAAUUAAAUAAAGAAAUGAGUGUAAACAUUUGAUGUUAAGUCUAUGGAUAUUUUCGGACAUAUAACAUGUGCAGCUGUACAACAAAUAAAGUACUGUCAUAAAAUAA